AUGCGGAAGUGUGUGUGUGUGUGUGGUGGGGGGGUGUCUGUGUUACCACCUGAAGACAUGCUGAUGACUGUAGGCCGUGCUGCCCCCAGGGAUCAUACUGAUCUGAGCGGCCUGAGCUGCCACCUGAGGGCCAUAUCUGGGUCUGUGUCCCUACUGCAGCUAGGGUCUGCAUUGAUGUCAUGGUCUGUGUUACCACCAAAGGCCAUAGGGAUGUCCAUGGUACUCAUUUAUUUGAAAGAAAAUAAAAAGGAAGAGUUCGUGGUGCUGUGGGCCGCUGUGGCUGUGGCGGUGGCGUCCGUCCCUCCCGUCCCCCCAGAAGGUGAUAACACUAAGUGUUAUCUGAAUACAGUAAGUAGCAUCUCUGCCUGUGGUUCAGGGCUUGUUAAAAAGAGUACUUUUGCUUUGUUAGCUUUGAGUGCCACCUACUGGAUAAAGGCCAGGUCUGCCACAACUUCUGAGACUCCAAAUUCAGCUGUCUCCAGGGAGGCCAGCACCCAGUCUUCAUCAGCAGCCACCAGUCAAGGAUAUGUUUUGCCAGAAGGCAAAAUCAUGCCAAACACUGUUUUUGUUGGUGGAAUUGAUGUUAGGAUGGAUGAAACCGAAAUUAGGAGUUUCUUUGCCAGAUAUGGCUCAGUAAAAGAAGUGAAGAUAAUCACUGAUCGAACUGGUGUGUCGAAGGGCUACGGAUUUGUUUCAUUUUAUAAUGACGUGGAUGUGCAGAAGAUAGUAGAAUCACAGAUAAAUUUUCAUGGUAAAAAGCUGAAACUGGGCCCUGCAAUCAGGAAACAAAAUUUAUGUACUUAUCAUGUGCAGCCACGUCCUUUGAUUUUUAAUCCUCCUCCUCCACCACAGUUUCAGAGUGUUUGGAGUAGUCCAAAUGCUGAGACAUACAUGCAGCCUCCAACCAUGAUGAAUCCUAUAACUCAGUAUGUUCAGGCAUACCCUCCUUAUCCAAGUUCACCAGUUCAGGUCAUCACUGGGUAUCAGCUGCCAGUUUAUAAUUAUCAGAUGCCACCGCAGUGGCCGGCUGGGGAACAGAGGAGUUAUGUUAUACCUCCGGCUUAUACAACUGUUAACUACCAUUGCAGUGAAGUUGACUCUGGAACUGAAGUUUUGUCAAAUGAAUGUUCAGUUCAUGAAGCUACUCCAGCCUCUGGAAAUGGCUCACAAAAGAAGUCUGUGGACCGAAGCAUACAGACAGUGGUCUCUUGUCUAUUUAACCCCGAGAACAGAAUGAGAAAUUCUCUUGUUACUCAAGAUGAUUACUUCAAGGAUAAAAGAGUGCAUCAUUUUAGAAGAAGCCGGGCAGUCCUUAAAUCUGAUCAUCUCUGCUAA